AACACAAUAAAACCGUAGAAGAAGAAGAGGCGGAGUCAUGGCGUCCUACUUCCUCAAACUAAAAUGUUUACUUUCUUUCCUCCUGCUUCACGUUUGUUGGGUUUCUUGCGAAGAACUGAAGUGGGAUGAAAACGGAUACGUGUUGUACUGCCCCUGCAUGGGUCGCUUUGGGAACCAGGCAGACCACUUCCUGGGAUCUCUGGCCUUUGCCAAGAUGCUGAACCGAACCCUGGUGGUCCCUCCCUGGAUCGUGUACCGCCACCACACACCCCCUUACACCAAUGUUCACGUUCCCUACAGCGAGUUCUUCCAGCUGGAGGCCCUGUCGGCCUUCCACCGUGUGGUCAGUUUGGAGGACUUCAUGGAGAAGCUGGCCCCCAAAUACUGGCCCCCGGGUGAGAGGAGAGCCUACUGCUUUGAGACGGCAGCACAGCGGAGUGCAGACAGGAAGUCCUGCCCCAUGAAGGACGGGAAUCCGUUCGGUCCGUUCUGGGAUUACGUCGGCGUGGAGUUUGACGAGUCAGUUUUGUUUGGUGGGAUUUCUUUCAGCGUGUACCAUCAACCUCAGUGGAUGAAGAAGUUUCCUGCCUCUGAGCACCCGAUCCUGGCUCUGCCCGGCGCUCCGGCCCAGUUCCCUGUGAUCGAGGAGCACGUGGGGCUGCAGCGCUUCAUGGUCUGGUCAGACAAGAUCGUGAAGGAGGGAGAGGAGCAUAUCGCCACCCUGCUGACCCGACCCUACGUUGGGAUUCACCUGAGGAUCGGUGUCGACUGGCAAAACGCCUGUAAACUUCUGGACAGCGGGGAGGCGGGGCCUCACUUCAUGGCCUCCCCUCAGUGUGUGGGCUACAGCCGGCAGACGGCCCGCCCCCUCACCUCCACCAUGUGCCUCCCUGACCUGACGGAGAUCCUCAGGGCCGUCAAACUGUGGGUGAAGAAGACCUCGGCUCGCUCCGUCUACAUCGCCACCGACUCGGAGUCCCACGCCGGCGACAUCAACAAGCUCUUCAAGGGAAAAGUGGAAGUGGUGACUCUCCAGCCGGACUUGGCCCAGAUGGACCUGUACGUCCUGGGACGAGCCGAUCACUUCAUCGGCAACUGCGUCUCCUCUUUCUCCGCCUUCGUGAAGAGAGAAAGAGACGUCCGUGGCCUGCCGUCCUCCUUCUUCGGCAUGGAUGAGCCCGGGAGAGCGAAUCGCAGAGAAGAACUCUGAGACGUUCGUGUCGUGAACAUUUAAUGCUGGAAGAUAAAAAACUUGGGGGGGGGGGGUGGUGUUAGAAAAACUUUGAUACAGUACGUGACGAAGCAGCUACACGGAAACACUUCUGCCUUCUUCCUGGUUUAUUUUCUCCUGAUUGGGGGAAAAAACAGGAUAAACUACAUUUAAAAAGACCAAAUGCUGAUGAUAAACCCAGUAUUAUCACAACCUUUCAUUUAUGUAACAUGCACCUUGUCAAAGACUGAUUACAUUUUAAAAAAUGGUUGUUUAGGUAGAAUUUUACAUUUUUGACCAAUAAAUCUGUAGUUUUUUAAUAAAA